CAACCAACCCUCAGUGACGACUCCAGAAAGACCUGCGCGGCGCCGGGGAGGGGGCGGGGCCGGCCCAGUGGGCGGAGCUUCAAGUCAUCCCAGCCAUUAGGAACGAAGGGGGCGGGGCGGUGGCGGCGUCGCACGUCCGGUAGUGGGCGGGGCUCUGUUGCCAGAGUAACUGGGCGUCCUCGGGAAGGCGGUGUCCGCCCGCGGCCGAGGUCCCUGCCGCCUGCGCUGCCCGAGACGAUGAAUCAUGAUGAAAGAUUCGUUUUCAUUGCAGAGUGGUAUGAUCCAAAUGCUUCACUUUUUCGACGUUAUGAACUUUUAUUUUACCCAGGGGAUGGGUCUGUUGAAAUGCAUGAUGUGAAGAAUCACCGCACCUUUUUAAAGCGGACCAAAUACGAUGAUCUUCAUUUGGAGGAUUUAUUUAUAGGCAACAAAGUGAAUGUCUUUUCUCGACAGCUGGUGUUGAUUGACUAUGGGGAUCAAUACACAGCUCGCCAACUGGGCAGCAGGAAAGAAAAAACGUUGGCUCUGAUUAAACCCGAUGCAGUAUCGAAAGCUGGAGAAAUAAUUGAAAUGAUAAACAAAGCUGGGUUUACUAUAACCAAACUCAAAAUGAUGAUGCUUUCAAGGAAAGAAGCAAUGGAUUUUCAUGUAGACCAUCAAUCAAGGCCCUUUUUAAAUGAGCUGAUCCAGUUUAUUACAAGUGGUCCUGUCAUCGCCGUGGAGGUUUUGAGAGAGGAUGCUGUAUGUGAAUGGAAAAGACUGCUUGGACCCGCGAACUCCGGGAUGGCUCGUACGGAUGCUCCUGAAAGCCUGAGAGCUCUCUUUGGAACCGAUGGCAUAAGAAAUGCAGUUCAUGGCCCUGAUUCUUUUGCUUCAGCUGCCAGGGAAAUGGAGUUAUUUUUUCCUUCAAGCGGAGUUUGUGGACCAGCAAACACUGCUAAAUUUACAAAUUGUACCUGUUGCAUUAUUAAGCCCCAUGCCAUCAGUGAAGGAUUGCUGGGAAAGAUCCUCAUGGCUAUCCGGGAUGCAGGUUUUGAAAUCUCAGCUAUGCAGAUGUUCAGCAUGGAUCGAGUUAAUGUCGAAGAGUUUUAUGAAGUUUAUAAAGGAGUGGUGUCUGAGUAUAACGAGAUGGUGACAGAAGUGUGUUCCGGCCCUUGCGUCGCAAUGGAGAUUCAACAGAGUAAUCCUGCAAAGACAUUUCGAGAAUUCUGUGGACCUGCUGAUCCUUGUAUCUUUGAUGGAUGUUCCUCACCUCCUGGUCUAGAUACUCCAGUUAGAGGACCUGUGUUACACCUUGUUGCUGUCUCCAGAACCAGAAAAAUGCUCGAACACAGAGUGCUUCCUCAGCCUCGGAAAUUGCCCGGCAUUUACGCCCUGGAACCCUCCGAGCCAUCUUUGGUAAAACUAAGAUCCAGAAUGCCGUUCACUGUACCGAUCUACCAGAGGACGGCCUCUUAGAGGUCCAGUACUUCUUCAAGAUCCUGGACAACUCGGAGUAGAGAAAAGCAAAGAAGUCACAGCCGGAGCAGUAGGACAAGAGUGAGUCACACACGUGCGGAGUGUGUUCAUUCUUUUAUUGUCCGUUGUUUGAACCUGACCGCAUACAAGAUCAAGAAGAGCACUGUACUCCUGGCAAUUAUUGUACAUGUUAGAACAUGGAUUUUGCAGACAACAUUUAACACCAGUCUAGGGGGUACUGCAUUGCUUUUUAUAAAGUCCAAAAUAAAGAUUUAUUUUCAAA